CUGGCUUUCAAGAAGCCCGAGGAAAGCGAAAACCUUUGUGUCGGAUAAAGGGAUGUGCCCAGACAUUGUUUGGUUUUGAUGGCGCUACGCAGUGCGUGACAGUUCAGCUCCCAGCAUGUACUCGAAGGGGAAAGGAUCUACGGUACCCUCGGAUGCCCAAGCUCGCGAAAAGUUAGCACUCUAUGUAUAUGAAUAUUUAUUACAUGUCGGAGCACAGAAAAGUGCACAGACUUUCCUAUCAGAGAUACGAUGGGAAAAGAACAUAACAUUAGGUGAACCACCAGGGUUUUUACAUUCAUGGUGGUGUGUAUUUUGGGAUUUAUAUUGUGCAGCUCCAGAGAGGAGAGAGAACUGUGAUCAUUCUAGUGAAGCUAAGGCAUUUCAUGAUUAUGGGUUUGUAAAUUCAGGGUAUGGAGUAAAUGGUAUAGCACACAAUGCAGCAGCACCUAGUCCAUUAGGUCAAAUGAAUCCUCAGGAUGGUAUACCUGGGGGGCCAAUGCCACCAGGGUUUUUUCCUCCUGGAGCUUCACAACAGUCCCCCCACGCCCAGCCACCUCCUACCCACCCCAUGAUGGGACAGAAUCAACCUUUUAUGUCUCCCAGAUACCCAGGUGGGCCGAGGGGCCCUGGGCCUGUUCGAAUGCCGCCCAAUCAAGUUGAUUUCAAUCCACCAGGCAGUGGGUCAGGUCCAAUAAUGCCUAACAGUAUGGAACCCAGGCCAGGACAUCCGAGCAUGGGUCCAAUGGGUCCUAGAAUGGCACAUGGAAGAAUGCCAGGACCCAUGAAUCCAUAUGAUUCAUUAAGUUAUGGUGGUAUGAGAGGUCCACCACCAAAUAACAUGGGUCCUGGAGGAAUGCCUCCCAUGUCAAUGCCAGGGGGACAAGGAAGUCGACCUUGGGCACCAACCACAUCAUCAAUAAAUUACUCAUCAGCAUCACCAGGCAGUUAUAAUGGUCCUGGAGGAGGGGGGCCCCCUGGAACACCUAUCAUGCCAAGUCCACAAGGAUCUCAAGGGCCAUUUUCUCCUGCCAGCCAUCAACGAAUCGGGUCAAGGCCAGGUGACUACAUCUCCAACGACAAUAUGCCGGAUGAUGUUGAACCACAAAAGAUGCUUUGUUUAGAUUCUACUAAUUCAGGAGAUGGAAUGUAUGGCAUGAUGAAACCAGGGGGGCCAGGAUUACCGGGCAUGCCAGGGCAGUUCCCAGGGAUGCCAGGUGGGCCUGACGGAGCAAUGGGCAUGGGGCCAGAUAUCGGGCAAGUCAUGAAUGGUGGUGACAUAGAUGGCAUGAAGAAUUCCCCUGCAAACGGCCCAGGGACGCCGCCAGUUAGCAUGGCAGGCUACGUGGGCGAUGGCUUAGGUUACCAAGAUAAUGACCAAACCGAAUCCGCGGCAAUCCUCAAGAUAAAAGAAUGUAUGGCAGAGGAAGCUAAGCGGUUUGAAAAAGACUCCGAUCAGCCUGAUUAUUUUUUGUCACAAUAAUACAUCAUCCCAUUCAUUUUUUGUUCAGAAACAAAUCUCGUCUUUAUUGUAAAUUUUUUGUUAUUUAUAAGUUAUAUGACUUUGCUGUCUAUAAUAAUGACCAUCGCGAGAAUGUUUUAUUACGAUGGAAGUGGUCAUAAUUAUUAAAAUGGUGCUUUGUUUUUAUGUUAAACUGGGAAUUUUUGGAAACCAAAGGACUGGGGACACGAAAUCAUUAACCUGUUUAAACUCCCUCCCAUUUUUAGUGAAUUGAAAGUUAUUCUCUGUCCCUUUAUGGAAUUCUUCAUGACAAUGUUAAUGUUGAAGUAGGUCAAAUAGGUUUUGAAACUUAAAUCAUUUGAAAUGUUGUUUUUGUCCGUUGUGGCUUUCCAAAUCCUUUUCUUUGCAUUUUUUGUUAACUGCCAUGUUCAAUUAAUUUUAUUAAAAACUUCAUUUACACAUAUUUUGAAGGUGCUUUUAACACGUCUACACAAGUUGCAUAAGAUUUGGUGCAGAUCAGUAUUUUAUCUUCACACAUGACAAGUAAAACCAACAAUUGGUUGUGACAUAACUCAUUAAAAUAAAAUCAUCACCACCCAUUUAAUUCCUAAAUCUUUAAAAUCCUGACUCCCCUUUGAUGCCCCUCUCCUUUGGUUGGUCCAGCCCAGUUUUUUUAUUUAUAUGUGCUGAUCACUUGUCUUUGACUGAAAUGACAUUUUUUACACUAGACCAAAAGACACAUCAGGAUUGUUUGAGCAAGAAAUAGUCUUUGAGCCACAAAUGCCGCCUCUUUAAUUUAUAUUGUUAGCUUUAAAAGUAGAAGCUAAUUUGUCUAUCGCUUUAGUAUUAACAUUUAACAGAAUUACUCAUUUUUUUUCUGCCUCUUACAUUUACAUUUAAUUUUUUUUGGGUUAAUCUGCAUGUCUGAACAGUGAAUUGAAUAUAAAAAAAACUUGUUUGAAAAGGAAAUGGUUUUCAAGAGAAAAAUGUGAAAAACUGAAAGGAAUUUUCUAGCCAAAACGCAUCAACUUUUUUCUGUUCUAUUUUGGUCAUCAUGUCGUGUUUUAUGUGUUUUAACCCUCUUGUUUUUUUUUUCUCCUACACAGACAGGAAAAUAGCGCUACAUGUUUAUAUACUUGUCAACAAAACAUUGAAAAUCUCAAUCUUCUGUCCCCCCCUUCCGUGUGGCUUUGUUUUCUGGCUUGUCAGAUUAUUUCUGUACGACUCCUAGCACCCACCCACUUUAUGUCUCUAUAUAUGCACAUAGUAUUGACAUCACUAUAUAGCUGCAGCCUGGGUUAAGAGAUUAAAACUCAGAAAAUAAACGGUUAACAGGUGCAUUUCCAUAAACUCUGACCCAGUGGUCAUGGGGUAUUUUUUGUUGGAAUUUUUAAACUGUAUAUGAUAUAUAUGUAUACAAUUAUCAUGUUUUUUUUUUCUAUUUAUUUGUCAUUGUUCAUUUCGCAUAUUUUUCACAUAUGUCUCAAAAAAAUGUAUGUUAGUAUGAAAAAAAAAGAAAGAUUUUUUUCACCUUUGAGUUUAUAAUGAUUACUAUUUUUUGUAAUGCAUUUAAUCCACAGUUUAAGGAUUAUAGAUGACAUACAUAGAUUCACGAUCGGGAUCCAUAGAGUGAGUGACACUUUUAUCAUAACCCGUAGCAAGAGGUCUACAAUCAUUUCAAAGGAGGUAUAUUUUUGAACUUCUUCGUAGUUUUGCAAUUUCAAUGACACUGUUUGAGAGGUGUGUCAUGGAACAAGAGAGGCUGAAAGAAUGAUGAUUGAGAAUUUUUUAUUCCACAAAAAGUAAAUUAGAGAAGUAGCAGUUCAUUGUGUAGCAGUUAGUAAUCUCAUCUAAUUUGUUUAUUAUGGAGGAAGUAGGUAACGAGAUUUUUAAAAUGACUUGAAUACUUUAUAAAAAUAGAAAUAGCAUCUUGGAAUUUGAUAAAUGAUAAAAUAUAGCCAUUGUUGUCUCAACCAUUUGAUUAAUUUUUCUCACGGUAAACACAUUCAUAAUUUGGAAUGAUUGCAUGUUUUUCACUAGUUUGUAAGUCUUGCCUUCAUACCAAAGAGCAAAUUAUUAUCAGGGGGAGGGAAUUUACUUGUAGGUUGUGAAAAUUAAAUAGCUGUUAAAUUCAUAUAUUUCAUUCAUAGCACCAGAUUUCUUUUAAAAAUGUGGUCAUUUUGUUUUGUCUUCAGAGGAAAGUAAACAUUGCUAGGGUUAUUAAACAUAUUCCAGGAAGACAUUUUGAAGGGAAAAAAAACAAUUAUUUGGCAAUCGUUGAGUGAUUUUUUUUCCUAAUGCAUAUUUUCUCAUCAUUUCUUUACUCUGUAAGGAAGGUCCAUGACGAUAUAUACAAUUAUGGAGUUGUGUCAAUCCAUAUAUUUUAAACAUGUUCAUUCAAAAUUGAGUAUGUUAUUUGAAAUAUGAGAAAUUUUUACUUGUGUUCAGAACAUUUAAUGCAUUUAAAAAUCUGCAUCCAUUUAAGUGAUUUUGUUGACUUCUCUGUUUUCUUUAAACAUUAAGUUAUAUGUGCACUUGUGAAUGACCAUAAGAACUUUAAAGUGAAAUGUUGAUUGUGUGAACUGAGAUUUUUUUUAAACUUGUUAACAUUUGGCAAAUGUGGAUUUUGUUCAAACUGUUUUUGUUCUUUAUUUAUGUUGGUGUAUUAGAUUUAUAAGGAUCUGAAAAAGGUGGACUAUUGCAAACAGUUUACGCAAUAUAUAGAUUUCCCAUUGUCCUGGAUAAUUUUUUUAUCCGGUAGGUUAUAAUUUGUAUGGAAUGUUAUUUUGAGGGGAAAAUGACAGAUUUUCAGCAAAAUAACAGACUUUCUUUUUGUCGAAUUUUCAGUUAUUUUGAGUCCAAAACCAUUGUUGAUGAUGCGUUUUGAUUUGAAAGAUACCAUAAACUCAGGUGACUUAACAUUUGAUCAGUGUUGGGGAAUAAGUUUUUCAGUUUUUGUCCACAAUCUUGCCACUUCAUAAAAUUUAAAAUCUGGGUUGUGAAUCAUAUCCUAAGUAAGGCCCUCCUUAGUUCAAUUCUCAAUGCUAUGUAAUGGUUAAAGAUAGUACGCAGAUGGAGUUGGGACAGAAACUAACGAUUAAAAGCAAAGCCUGUUGUUUUGGUUUGUUUUCAGAUAUCAGGAUUUUGAGCCUCUCGAUUAUGAUCUGUGAAUUUUUCUUCUUUUUCUGAUUUUUUUUUUUUUUUUUCCUUUUUUUUGGUUUUAGUAACUUAUAGAUAUAUUGCCUUGUACAUUUUGAUUUUGCAAGAAAUAUGCAUUUUAUGUUUUAUAUUAUCUCAUUUCAUUUAAUAAUAUGACUGUAGUGUAUGAAGGUUUUUCUUUUCAAUUAUUUUCCCCAACAUUGUUGAUGUUCAAGCGAUGAAUUGUAUGAUGUGAAAAUGAAUGAUGUAUAAGGUUGCAAUCAAAAAACAGUAAAAUGACAUGGCAAUAUAUUCCCUCAUAUAAAUAUACAAACGUUGUUGUCAACAUUGUGUAAAUACUUCAUAUCCCAUUUUUCUGUAUGGAAGUAAAUGGUCUUAACAUAUAUAUAUAUUUUUUAUUUCCUGUACAGCCAUACACAUCGGUUGAUCUGUCUUGAUGUGUAGUAGCAAUUAUCAAUGUUCCUGUUGUUAAAAUAUCAUCAUAAAACCUUUUUUUUUUUAAAUAAAGGGAGAUAAAUGACUAAGGAGACCCUCAUCUCAUACAAAUCCAUGCAUUCUGAUAUAUGUGGACUAAAAAAAAUCUCAUCUGAAAAACUUUGUUGAGGUUGUUUAUAUUAUUUUUUACAGUAGACGUCAAAUAUUGUCGAUCGUCUCCUUGGUGACUUAUCAUCCAUGAACUACAUUGAUAGUUGCCGUUUAGUCAUAUGUUUGUUUAGUAUCAGUAUGUUGGCUGUAUGUUUCUGUAUUGUACAAGAUCUUCUGUAGUCAUUAUUGACUGGAAGCUCCAUAAAGAUGGAAUAAAUUAUCAGUGAGAACAUUCUAA